CUCUCUUUGUAAUUUACCCAUCUGGGUUUUAUUGGUUUACGUAAUAUCACCGACCACAAAUGGCGGGUGCAGGCAUAGUAGUGAUUUUCGAUUUCGAUAAAACGAUUAUCGAUCGCGAUAGCGAUAACUGGGUUGUGGAUGAGUUGGGUGCCACUGAGUUGUUCAAUCAACUCCUUCCUACCAUGCCAUGGAACUCCCUCAUGGUUAGAUCGACGAUGAAAGAAGUUCAUUCGCAAGGAACAAGAAUUGAGGAUAUUGUAGCUGUUUUGAAAAGAACUCCGAUACACCCUCGAAUCAUCGAAGCCAUUAAGUCAGCUCAAGCUUUAGGAUGUGAGUUGAAGAUUGUGAGCGAUGCAAACACGUUCUUCAUCGACACAAUAUUGGAGCAUCAUGGCCUGAGGGAAUGUUUUUCGGAGAUCCAUACGAACCCUAGUUUUGUUGAUGAACAAGGCAGGCUAAGAAUCUUUCCUCACCACGAUUUCACCAAAUCUUCUCACGGAUGUGUUCAUCCCAGCUGCCCUCCAAAUAUGUGCAAGGGUAUUGUGAUUGAAAAGAUACAAGUUUCUUUAUCUAUGGAGGAGCAGAAGAAAACGAUAAUCUACCUUGGAGAUGGGCUGGGUGAUUUCUGCCCAAGUUUGAAGCUUGGCGAUGGGGACUAUGUAAUGCCAAGGAAGGGCUUCCCAAUUUGGGACUUGAUUAGCAAAAACAGGAAUUUAGUAAAGGCACAUAUAUGCGAGUGGAGCAACGGGGAGGACUUUGAACGUGUGUUGCUCCACCUUAUUACCCGGAUUUCCAUCGACGGAAACAACAUUAGUACCAGUUUUGGUCAUCUUAAUUCAGUUGAUUUCAAACUAGGAACGAUGCCGUUGUCAGCCACCACUGGCCAUGAGGCCUUUCCCCAGGCCCUUCAUGUUUUACAUUAAAAAGUUAAAAUAUUAGUUGAAAUCAAAAUGGCUUAAGAGUUUUAUGUCUUUUAGCUU